AUGAACCUACCUCCUGACAAAGCCAGGUUGCUGCGGCAAUAUGACAAUGAGAAGAAGUGGGAACUGAUUUGUGAUCAGGAACGAUUCCAGGUGAAGAAUCCUCCUCAUACGUAUAUUCAGAAGCUCAAAGGCUAUCUGGAUCCAGCUGUAACCAGGAAGGUAAGAUGGAUUUCCAAUUUAAAAUUCAGGCGGCGUGUUCAAGAAUCCACACAAGUACUAAGAGAACUGGAAAUUUCUUUAAGAACCAACCAUAUUGGGUGGGUCAGAGAGUUUUUAAAUGAAGAAAACAAAGGCCUUGAUGUUCUUGUGGAGUAUCUGUCAUUUGCGCAGUACGCAGUAACUUUUGACUUUGAAAGCAUGGAAAACACUGUGGAGAGCUCAGUGGACAAAUCAAAGCCCUGGAGUAGGUCCAUUGAGGACCUGCACAGAGGAAGUAAUCUGCCCUCACCUGUGGGCAACAGUGUGUCCCGCUCUGGAAGACAUUCUGCGCUGCGCUAUAAUACUCUGCCAAGCAGAAGGACCCUGAAAAACUCAAGAUUAGUGAGUAAAAAAGAUGAUGUACAUGUGUGUAUCAUGUGUUUACGGGCCAUCAUGAAUUAUCAGUAUGGUUUCAACAUGGUAAUGUCUCAUCCACAUGCUGUCAAUGAGAUUGCACUAAGCUUAAACAAUAAGAAUCCCAGAACAAAGGCCCUUGUCUUAGAACUGUUGGCAGCUGUUUGUCUUGUCAGAGGCGGGCAUGAAAUAAUUUUAUCAGCAUUUGAUAACUUUAAGGAGGUUUGUGGAGAAAAACAGCGCUUUGAGAAGCUGAUGGAACAUUUCAGGAAUGAAGACAAUAACAUAGAUUUUAUGGUGGCCUCUAUGCAGUUUAUUAAUAUUGUAGUCCAUUCAGUAGAAGACAUGAAUUUCAGAGUUCACCUGCAAUAUGAAUUUACCAAAUUGGGCCUGGACGAAUACUUGGAUAAGCUGAAACACACAGAGAGUGACAAGCUGCAGGUACAGAUUCAGGCUUACUUGGACAACGUGUUUGAUGUAGGAGCUCUGUUGGAAGAUGCUGAAACCAAGAAUGCAGCCUUGGAGAGGGUAGAAGAACUGGAAGAAAACAUUUCUCAUUUGUCUGAAAAACUACAAGACACGGAGAAUGAAGCCAUGUCCAAGAUUGUGGAACUGGAAAAGCAGCUCAUGCAGAGGAACAAGGAGCUGGAUGUUGUUCGACCCCCUCCACCCCCCUCUGCACCCCCACUGCCCGGAACAUCUUCACCCACAGUGGUUUUCAACUCAGGAUUAGCAGCUGUGAAAAUUAAGAAGCCAAUCAAGACCAAGUUCAGAAUGCCGGUUUUCAACUGGGUUGCUCUGAAGCCCAAUCAGAUCAAUGGCACAGUCUUCAAUGAAAUUGAUGAUGAGCGCAUUCUAGAGGAUUUAAAUGUGGAUGAGUUUGAGGAAAUAUUCAAGACAAAAGCCCAGGGUCCUGCCAUUGAUCUUUCUUCAAGCAAACAGAAGAUAACACAGAAGGGAUCAAACAAAGUGACAUUACUAGAAGCAAAUAGGGCCAAAAACCUUGCCAUCACUUUAAGGAAAGCUGGAAAGACUGCCGACGAGAUAUGUAAAGCUAUUCAUAUAUUUGACUUGAAGACAUUGCCUGUAGACUUUGUGGAAUGUUUAAUGAGGUUCUUGCCAACUGAGAAUGAGGUGAAAGUGCUUCGACUAUAUGAGCGGGAAAGGAAGCCCCUGGAAAACUUGUCAGAUGAAGACCGCUUCAUGAUGCAGUUCAGUAAAAUUGAGAGGCUCAUGCAGAAGAUGACCAUCAUGGCCUUCAUUGGGAACUUUGCUGAAAGCAUUCAGAUGCUGACUCCUCAACUGCACGCAAUUAUAGCAGCAUCUGUCUCUAUAAAGUCAUCCCAAAAACUCAAGAAAAUUCUGGAGAUUAUCUUGGCCCUUGGAAACUAUAUGAAUAGCAGUAAACGAGGAGCAGUUUAUGGAUUUAAGCUUCAGAGUUUAGAUUUGCUGUUAGAUACAAAGUCAACAGACCGAAAGCAAACACUGUUGCACUAUAUCUCCAAUGUUGUGAAAGAAAAAUAUCACCAAGUGUCCCUGUUUUAUAAUGAGCUUCAUUAUGUGGAGAAAGCUGCUGCAGUCUCCCUUGAGAAUGUUUUACUGGAUGUCAAGGAGCUCCAGAGGGGCAUGGACUUGACGAAAAGGGAGUACACUAUGCAUGACCACAACACGUUGCUGAAGGAGUUCAUCCUCAACAAUGAGGGGAAGCUGAAGAAGCUGCAGGAUGAUGCCAAGAUUGCACAGGAUGCCUUUGAUGAUGUUGUAAAGUAUUUUGGAGAAAACCCCAAGACGACACCACCCUCUGUCUUCUUUCCAGUCUUUGUCCGGUUUGUGAAAGCCUACAAGCAAGCAGAAGAGGAAAAUGAGCUUAGGAAAAAGCAGGAACAAGCUCUCAUGGAAAAACUCUUGGAGCAAGAAGCUCUGAUGGAGCAGCAGGAUCCAAAGUCUCCUUCUCAUAAGUCAAAGAGACAGCAGCAAGAGUUAAUUGCAGAGUUAAGAAGGCGACAAGUUAAAGACAACAGACAUGUAUAUGAGGGGAAAGAUGGUGCCAUUGAAGAUAUUAUCACAGAUCUUAGAAACCAGCCAUACAGACGGGCCGAUGCGGUGAGGAGAAGCGUCAGAAGGCGCUUUGAUGAUCAGAACUUACGUUCUGUUAAUGGUGCCGAAAUAACGAUGUGA